CCAAUGCAAGGUUUCCAUUUUUGGACAUUUCAUUCUUCGCCAGCACGAGACCCGAAGUGCAGCAAAGCACGAGAACGAGUUUCUUCUUCGCUUCUCGACAUUCGACAUCGACGAAGAUCCGUCCAUCAUUGCACUGCUUCUCUCUGUUGUUGCCCAUCACGAGAAGGACGAGAGGACGUCAACAACAAAGGACGGAGGCCUAGACUAAUUGCCGCGUGUUAACAAAGCGGUAGUGCUUCUAGUAGGGCCGAAAGAGAGACUAAAUUGCGAUUAACAACAACCACGAUAGAGAAAUUUGUUUCAUUGGCCAUGGCUCGCAAAACCUUGACUUCGAACGACGUCAAGAAGCUCUCAUGGGACGAUUACUUCAAGCGCUUGGUGGAAUUCCACCAGAAACACGGACACACCAAUGUGCCUUUCCGGUACGACAAGGAAGGCUUGGCGCUUUGGGUAUACCGACAACGACAUCACGCCGUCGAAUCUCGUCCCUUGUCCUCAGUACAACGACAGAAGUUAGUCGAUUUGGGUGGCGUUCUAGAUGACGUACAGACCGAAUGGGACAAGACUAACCACAUGUGGAUCGACUCGUACAUGCAAAUGCUCGAAUACAGAGAGGCCAAUGGGGAUUUUCUGAUUCGUUCCUCCAAGAGACCUUUGCUGCGCAAGUGGGUGACCAAGCAGCGCCAUCGACAACGCCGCAAUUUGUUGGAUGAAACACGAGCCAAGCUGCUCAAGGACGCUGGCUUUAGCUGGGAUCAGGAUGAAGAGUACGUCAAGCAUGUGAAUCCACGUGGCUGGGAAGAAAACUUUCAGCUCCUGUUUGAGUACUGGGAACGCUUCGGAACGUCCGAUGUGCCAUUGGACUAUAUGGAGGACUCCAACUUGGCGUAUUGGGUUCAUGAACUAAAAGGACACCCCGAGAAUCUCACUAACAAACAGAAAAAGCAACUCAAGUCGCUCAAUUUCAGUUUUGGUCUUAUGGCAACUGCGACUGCACCCGCCACUUCGACGGCAUCUCCUUUAACGGUACCAACUGCCACAGCAGCACCUCCCAAGAAGGUCAAAGCCGCCACAGCGGCUCCCAAGACGAUCAGGAAGGAACAUGUACCAGUCAAAGAAGGCUCGCCCAUGCCGGUCAAGAAUACGCCGCCUAUAAAACGAGCAUCCGUGGCAGUGGCUGCAAAAUCAGUCCAGAUGGAAUCCCUAAACGAAGAUUCUGUUGUUCCUGACGAGGAUUUGCCGGUCAAGGGCUCGGGAAUAAUCGCUUAUGGUGCUAAACGCGUAGCAGUCGCCAAGAAAACACAAGUGGCAACAAAGGCCAAGAAUGUAACCGGUGGUGGUGCUAAACCCAAGGAGAGAACGGUUGCCAUUGCCAAGAAGAUCGCAGUCAAGUCCAACGAGAAGACUCCGGCAGUGACACCUAAGGAAUUUCGCAACCCAACAAAGCAUUCUGGUACUAGUAGAAGUCCAACCUCGAAAUCAGUACCAAUGCCACCUCGUGGUUCGUCGAGACGGCCUUCGGUGUCCAUUCCUGCCAGGUACCGAGAAGAGCAGCCGGAGGGCCCCCAGCUGCUAAAGUCCAAUCGAGGACCCAAGAAAAUGCCAGCAGAAGACAUGGCCAGAAAUGCCAAAGCUGCAGUCAAACCACAAACAGACGUACAGUUGAUCCCAGUUUGGAAAGCGCAAACAGCAACCGGUACGGUGAAUUCGUCCUACUUGCAAGGGUUGGACGAGUUGUGGGAAGACGUUGGGCCUGAUGAUGUUGUAAUGGGACGCGGAGGCAAAUCCAAUCACCACGAAGGCAAUGCUCGCUAUCGAGGAAUUAUUGAAUUACAUCGCGCAGCUUACAAAUUGGCGCCAAAGCUCACCAAACGCAACAUUGCGAGAGAUAUUGUGAGGCGAAUCAACCAGAAUGGAGGUCGAUUCUUGAGACUGAACAAAGGCGGCUCGGUUUGGUCUGAAAUCACGUUUGAGGAAGCCGCGGCCAAGACUUCUCAAUCACUGCGGGAAGUGCACAACUAUAAGAUACUCCCAAGCGGUACGACAAGCGUCGAAGAGCAAUUAUCGGGUAACGAGUCAAUGGCAGAUGGACCCCAAACAUACCAACAAUCAGCAGUACCACCACCAGGAGGAGGUCCUAUUAUAUUGCCGAAGCCCGACACGCACUCGAGGGCGCGAACGGCUCAAAAGACCAGCUCUGAAGAGCAAAUGUCAAGUCUGGUUCCCGCGGCAAUAGAGGUAAUCCAGCAACUGCCCCCAUACACGAAGGCACAACUUCAGCAUUAUGUGCCUCAUGAGCACCCACAACCUCCGGCGCAGCUUCCACUUCAGGCGCAGCCACAUCCGUAUCAUUCACAGCCACAUCCAGCAGCUGCUGUCUACCAAGUACCACACUACGGUUUUGUCAUCCCACACAACAAUGUGCAGCCAAUGACGGGUAGUUUUCAAGUCAAUGGACAGCAUACCGUUGUCCGCACGGAGAAAAAAUCCACGCUUCCUUCAGCACAGGCAUCCGCGAUGGUUUCGAAUGUUGGGCCAAUGACGGAAACCACUAUGAAGUUUACUCAGAAUGUAGGGGCAGGCGGCUCGACAAAGUCCACUCCUCGUCAUGGGACACAGGCGCACGCAAAUACUCAGAUUGAAUUGGCAUCCAACUUUUCCAAGGCCGAAGCUAAUGCGGCACAAGCAUCGGUGAAUGUUGAGCAAGUGUCGGAGCAGGAUGCGGGGGCAGCCAGCGCACCCCCUCCGGUGCCAGCACCGGGGAAUGGGCGAGUGCAGCCUCACCAGAAGUUUCAAAAAAUGGCACAAGCGCCCCAGAAGGUCCUCCAACUCGGACGUCCAGCCAAGUUGACGAAGGCUGCGCCGCUGUCCCAGAUGGGGAUCACCUUAUCGAAAGAAUACUCCCUACAGCAGAUGCAGGCUCCUCGAAGGAGGACUAGCCACGCGCCAGAGGCGCAUGCGAAAAAGAAUCUAACGUUAUCGCAAGCGCCUCGGAAACAUAUGCGGGCAAUGCCAAAACUAUCUACAAAGAAACCCAUUCAGAUGACUGCAGCGACGAAGGGUGCUCCGCCAAACAACACGGUAACGCGGCCGAUGGUUGCAGCAACGAAGGCAAACAGCACCGCAAAACAUCCCAUCCAACCGGCGACUGCAGGGAAGAAGGGCGGUCAACCAAUCGCGCCAAUUAAACCUACUCAUCCGGCGACUUCACUGAGGCAGGGUCCUCGGCCAACAAUCCACACAAGAAAGCUACCCACUCAAAGGGUCCCGGCAACGAUAGCGGGUGCUGAGUCAGUCAUCCCACAAUCCACCCAGCCAGUGUCUGCAACGAAGAAUGGUGGUACAUCACGGAAAAAUCUACACCUGGAGCUCCACCUUGAACUCCAGGAGCAGAAUGUGUCUAAGCAGUCGCAUCCAAAAAACCACCAACAGAUUGUUGGUGCCGUUUAUUACCCAACGGGCACCACAGCGGGCACGACAGCCGAGGGCACAGUGGCUGGUUCGGCGGCGGUCAAUGAACCGUUUGUUUGGAAUAUUUAUCAUCCCCACACGGAUAGAUGCAAUGUUUAUGGUUGGAAUAUGCCUUAUCCUCCACCUCCUCCUAUCACAUUUGAAACAAGAAAAGCCGAGGAUGGUCCCCUUCCUUGGGAGUAUCCUUCGGCAAAGGAAUACACGUCUCCGUUACUUCCAAAGAGUAGCGUUCGACGGUCCCCACUUGCCCCGAGUCAAAUUUAUCGAGGGGCCAACAUCGACGACGGCGUGUGGGUGGAGUCGUAUGAGAAAAUGGUGCAAUUUAUGCUCAAGCAUGGGCAAUGUCUGAGAGGGCCUGGUGACGGCGAGGAAGACGAUCGGGCACUGGUGGAAUGGGCAACUCUGCAACGAAAGCUGUACAACGAGCACAAGCUCGAGCCAGUACGAAAGAAGCUGCUUGAUCAAAUCGGAUUUGAGUGGAGGCACAGUAAGAAGAGAUCUAGGGGAGACGAAGAAGCAGACGACGACGGGGACGACCAAGCGAGUGUUGGGUCCAGCGAUUCUUACAUGGUCAUUUGAUUUUGGCCGUUUCGGGCGGGUCGAUGGAUUGAUAUCAUUCGUUCUGAGGAUGCAAAUGUCUACGUAGGGUGAUCACGUUAAAAAUGGAUUCUCUUGCGUUUGGUCGUAAUUUAAAAGAGCCGUGCCGCCCUCUUUUAUGAUAGCUUUUCUGGAAGUGACGCCCGUGGAAUAGUACCGGUUGUAUGUCCUCGGUAGUCCCACGACAUCUAAAUGUUGUACUUGUAGACAACAACUACAUGUACUACUGCAUUACCUCCUUAGUUUUAGGACCUCCCCGCUACUACCGGUACCGGUACCACGGUAGCCAGCUAGAAUCCUUCCAUCAUUUUCUUCUUUUCUUCUUCGGACAUGUUGGCCAAUUUUUCUUGUGCAAUUUGGCUGGACUUCAUGAGUUGUUCCGGUGAGGUAUUUUUCAUCAUGGACGUGUAUGCCUUUCGAAGCAGAGGAUUACUAUUCAUCAUUUCGGCAGAUUUCUUCAUCAUUGCGGGAUCGACUCCCAUGGCUUUCAUGCGUGCUUCUUCCUCCGGUGACAUGCUGCUCAUGCGAGACAACAUGUCCUGCACAUCGGUUUCUUUCAUAUUCUUGAGUUGUUGCGAAAGUUGUUCUGGCGAAACAUUAUUGCCCACCAUGGGAUUGCUCACGCUGGUUGUGGUGGUUGUUGGUGCCGUGGUGGUUUUGGGUUUGGUCGAGGCUCCUCGUUUGCCUUUUUUGGGUCGAACGAGGGUUCGUUCUCGUGCUUCUUCCAUGAUAUCGCUGUAGUAAUUGUCUUGUACUUCCAUCCAUACUCGUUUGAAUCCGGACUUGUCGACUCGCGUGGCCCCCAGUGAUCCCUUGUUCCAACAUUCGGUCAAUUCUUUGCGUGUCAAGUCGUCUUCUCCUGUUCCCGCCGCCAAUACGGCCACGGGUGGCACUGUGGAAAAUCCGGCAAAUGUGACUCCGCCCGUGGGUGGUUCCGACAUGAGCUCGGCCGCUUGAAACAUGGUAUCGAGCACUUUUUCAUCCGGUUCAAUGGGUUCUUCAUCCUCGUCAUCAUCUUCCUCCUCGUCCUCAUCUUCGUCUUCUUUUUCAAGUUCCGCAUCCACAGCUGCGACCGCCCCGAUUUCAUCCGACGUGAUGCUCAUGGCUUUCAUUUGUUCUUGAGCCUUUUUGGAUUGUUCCACCAGUUCUUCCGGAGUCAUUUGUUCCAUCAUUUCUCCCAUGCUUUUCAUCAUUUCUGGAUUUUUCUUCAUCAUUUCCAAGGACGACUUCAUGACGGUGGGAUCCAUUCCCAUGUUCUUGAGUUGUUCCAAUUGCGCGGCUGGCAUGGACUCCAUUUCCUUCAUCAUUUGAUCAAUGUCGGAAGGUUUGACAUUCUUCAUGGCUGCCGCGGAUGCUUUCAAGCUUUCGGCAUUCAUGCCUUCGGCGUCCAUAAUCGCCUUGACGCGUUCCAAAUCGGCAUCAUUGUUGGAUGAUGACAACCACAACUGGGUAGCAGCAGUAGAUGACGAAGUUCUUGGCGUGACAAGUGGAGCCUGGAAGGAAACCACAGUGCCAAGGCAGAUGCUCAACAAAAGAGUAGGAAGUCUCAUCUUGCUUGCUUGUCAACCUUUCUCUGUCCAGCUAGAGAGAGAAUUGGGUUUGAUUUUGUUUUUGUGGCAACAGAGGGGGGUGUCACAGCCAAAGAAAAAUGAAAGAUUGAUGAGUGAAUCAGAGCGUCUUCGGAUCUGAGUUGUCCAUGUUGUUGACAGGUGGAAGCUUCUGGAGUCAAAUGAGUCAAUCCUGUGUGGUGUCACCGCAUGCACGAAUGAGAG